AAAGGACAACGUCCACUGGAAAUUUUAUAAGUCUGGUUUGCAAAUAUGAAAGUGAUUGAUUCGCUAUGCGAUUGUUUGCGGAUUUCCUCGAAAAUUUUGAAGGCUGUCAUUGGUAAAUAGCGCGCGAUGUAUAUUUGUUUGAUUAUGGAUCAUGGAGAUUGUAUAGUGCGCUAGCACUUAAACUGACACCAUCCACCGAUAAAAAAAAUUGGUGCGAUGCAUUAUGCAGUUUGGGCAAGCCUCUACCUCGUUGCUAGUAAUCUCUCAGUCGCAAUUGCGUUUUGUGGAUUUUUUUCAAAAGCGCCCCAAUAUGAAUUCCACUGAUCGUGGACAGACUGGGAGUGGGGAUCGCCACAGAGACCACGUCAAACACGAAUGCGGUGUCUUAUGUUUCCGCCCGCCAUGUCUGCAGCGUCUCAACAAUAUGAAGAUUUUCAUGGUGUGUUUCACGUUGCUGGGAUUAUUUCACGGGAUGAGCAACAGCUAUUUCAGUUCCGUCAUUCCCAGCAUUGAAAAACGAUUCAACCUUAGUUCCAAAAUGAUGGGCCUGAUUCUGUCCAUCAACGAUGUGGGUCACGUGCUGGUGGCCUUGUUGGUGGGCCAUUUCGGCGGUCGGGGACAUCGGCCGCGCUGGAUCGCAUUGGGAUCUUUCAUACUGGGCGUGGCACUCAUGUUGUUUGCCUUACCGGAACUGGUCACACCGCGAACCGAUUCCGAUAUGCUGGUGACUCACACCGCCGGGAAGGGAUCAAAAUUUCGCGAACAGUUCUGCACGGCAGCUGUGGUGCUGAACGAAACGGACGGCGACGAAGAGCCGGUGCAAUGCACAACCGAGUAUACCUCGGAUGGGAUACUGCCACCACUGAUUUUCUGUGUGGCACAGUUCCUUCUGGGCAUCGGCGCCACCACACCGUGGGUGCUGGGAUUACCGUUUAUUGACGAUAAUGUACGGAAUAAAAAUUCCGCCCUAUAUUUCGGUCUGUCAUUUUCUGGGCGUCUAGUCGGACCACUUCUGGGGUUUGCACUUGGUGCACUAUGCAAUUCUCUAUACGUGGAUUUGAGCAUCCCGGAAUUUGCUGCCACUGAUCCACGCUGGAUAUCGGCAUGGUAUCUGGGGUUCCUCGUAACCGGAUUAGGCAUGUGCAUAGCCACUCUGACCAUGAUGUGUUUCCCGGCCAGUGUGCCAGAAUCGAAUGGAAAAACCGCCGAAGACGGUGUUGUCAAUACGAAUAAAGCCACCCUAACGGAGAAACCGGUAACAAUAAAAGAUCUACCACGGAAUUUAAAGAAAAUUGUUGUGAAUGCCCCAUUAAUGGCCCGCAUUGUGUGCAAGGUGCUAGCUGCUUUGAUUAUUUCCGGAUACUUCAAUUUCCUGCCAAAAUUUUUGGCGGCACAGUAUCAUCUGGGUCCGCGUACGGCUAGUAUCGCUAGCGGUCUCUCAGGAGUAAUGGCGGCUGCAGUGGGAAUUAUUGCUGGAAGUAUUGUCAUCAAACGGUAUCGUCUCCAGCCCAAGCAUAUCUCGUUAAUGCUUAUCCUGUCUGCAGUGGCGUUUUCUGCUGCACAUUUCAUUGCCAUUGGUUUAUCAUGUGAUCAGGUCCAGUUAGUUGGAAACUGGGAUGUCGCAGUGAGUAACAGCGAUGAUGCUUCUGAAGCGAAUAUCUGCCGGACGUCCUGCGGCUGUAAUCGUAAGGAUUUUGCUCCGGUGUGUCACACCGCGACGCACGAGAGUUAUUUUUCACCGUGUCACGCUGGGUGUUCCGGGGUGACGUACCAGGACAGUGGGGUUAAGCAAUACGCAAACUGCAAGUGUGCCGCCGCCGACACCCAUGACCUUGAGCCGUAUAACUUCACGCUUGUACAACAACCGUCGGGCUUUACAACCGGCUUCUGCAAGAACACUUGUGUUAACUUCUACAUUUACGUAACAGUCAUGUUUCUGUUGAAAGCCAUCGCAAGUUUCCCUUUGUCCGGGACGAUUAUGCUGACCUUUCGGCUUGUGGAGCCGGAACUUAAAUCCAUGGCUAAUGCAGUUUCUGCACUAAUGAUGUCAGCAUUUGGAUAUUUUCCUGCACCGAUUCUUAUGGGAACCAUCAUUGAUUCCACAUGUGUAUUAUGGAAAGAGCGGGCUUGUGGCGAGAAGGGAUCGUGUCUGCUCUACGACACGGAUAAAUUUCGCUUUCGUAUGCAUUUAGCGGUGGCCUGCUGCAAGCUUUUGGUGUUAUUUCUUGAAAUCUACGUGUUUUUCAAAGUCAAAGAUUUAAAGUUCGAGGACGCAGCUGAUAGCGAAAAAGAUGCGCCGGUGACCCAGCCAGACCUGGAGAUGGAGGCCGCGGUCACGGCGGAACCGCAACCCGUUGAACCGCCGGUCGUUGUCAGAUAGCCGGAUAGACACCGCACUGUGCGCGUUGCAGGUUUACAGUAUUAUGUAACCCCUGGAUGAAUUGCGGGUGGCAUUCCUUGCUAGCAUAUUUCAAAAUUUUUCGGGAAGCAUUCGAAUUUGACGUUCCUACUUCCUCCAUUCGACUGGGAAAAUUGGGAUGGUGAUUGUUAAAAACUGCCUGUGACUGCUCUUUUCAGAUUCUCUGUUUCUGAAUUGCAGUGCAAUCAGUUUACCGGUGCCAUUUAUAGUAAUCCAGUGAAGACAAUGAACUCUUUGUUGUACUUCUUGUUAUAUUUUGUACGUUGGUUUUGUACCUGUUUUUUUGGUUUAUUUUGCUGUAGUUAGUGUUUCAGAA